CACACACACACACACACACAAACACCAACUGGCCCCCAACAUGCUCACCAACACCUACUUACCCCCCACACAAACACACACAUCUACUGAUUCCCCCCCACACCAAGUAACCCCCAGCACACGCACCAACACACGCUAACACACACAAAAAACUAAUACACACUAACACACCGCCAUAACACACUCACACACCAGUGACUCAGGAUCAGAUAAAACCCACAAACCCAAUUAGAAUGAACCAAAUGACACGACCCCUGAGAGUGAAGUAUCUGAGCUACUGGGAAACUGAAAGCAGCUCCAGAGUAAAAUGGAGUGUUGUGUGUCCCUGAACAGACACUACAGCGUGGCAGAGAACCUGAGCAUGGUGUCUGAUCACAAACUGAGACACACCUUGAAGAAGUAGAGACUCGGUGGACUUGUCUGGCCAUGGAGACAGACGGGGAGACACAUACAGUCCUGUCUGCCCCGAGAGCAGAGACUCUGCCAGCAGUGUUUACUGAACACAGUAGAGGCAGAACUGCACUUCCUCACUGAACACACCAAAUACAACCACAUUCAAACCCAAAUCUUCACCAACAUCAACCAAAUCAUCCUAAACCUAAAUUGUUAUUAUAGUUAUACUAUAGUAUAUUAUAUUUAUAGUUUAUUCUUGUUGUUAUUUCUGGUGUUAUGUAUCUGUAUCUUUUAUACUUUGGCAAUAUGAAUGUCCAUAUUUGUCAUGCAAUAAAGCAACCUUUGAAUCUUGACUCUUGAAUGAUACAUUGUACUGCAGUACAAAUGUCACAGAGAUUAGUUCACUGCAAACAUCAGUGUGUGUGUGUGGAAGGAGAAUAAACAUUUCAGCACAGAGAGAAAAUAGUGUAAGAGAGAGAGAGAGAGAGAGAGUGUGUGUGUCGUACGUCUUUGUAUGUAUGUGUGUUAGUUUGAUGAUGAGACCACUGUUGCAGCAAUACUUCCUGGUUGCAGCCAUGUUGACUCUGCUUCUAUUCCUCACCUCACUUUGGCUACCUCAGGGAAUGAUACCUGAUUGUGAAUCAUCGUGGCUCCCAUGUCUUACUGAUCCCAACAGCAAAGUAACUCCAGUGGUGUUUGCAGGAAGUGAUGUGGACAAUGAUGACAUCAUUAGAAGUGAUAUAAUUCCCUCUUACAAUGUUGUGAUACCCGACUGCCCUGGACAACAUUUUCAUGUGUCCAACCUUCUUCAGUAUUUAGACUCCGCCCUUAGCCCCACCUCUGAUGUGCUAUUGGAACCUUACCUGCUCUGCUGGGAGGAGCUAAUCAAGUUUAUGGAGGCACUUGGUCCUCUGGUUGGUUUUUUCACCUACAAAGUUCAGGAGAAAAUCACUCUGAUUCGCCAGCUGGCUGAGGAGGAUUUUGCAAAACACAGACUACUGACUCCGCCCCUUAACAACUCCACACUUCUAACCCACAACCCCCCAGGCCCCGCCUACCAUUCUGUUCGCUCCAUGUUGGAUACAGAGCUUCGGAUGGGCAUGAUCAGUUUCAACAGACAGACACCUUCAGGCAGUCGUACUUUGCUCCGCCUCCAUCGAUCACUGCUGUGGCUGCAGCUGUUGCUGAUGAAGCUGUGGAUGGAGCCUGGUCCUGUGAGGAGAAACCUGGGUGAGGUGUGUGAAGAAGCUUACAGUGAGUCGUUAGCACCGUAUCAUCCAUGGCUUCUACAGAGGGUCGCACGACUGGCCUUUAAAGCCAUGCCUGAACACUCUGUACUGCUCAGCAUGGUGUGUGUGAACACACACGAGGAGGCCGAACCAAUCAUUCGCAUCAUUGUCACAGCGAUCGGUGAGCUGCGGCGCAGAACUCACAACGAGCUGGAGAAAAGAAACAUGCUGGAACUACCAUAGAAAAGGCAUGAUGGAGUGAUGCAGUGUGAUGGAGAGGGAUGGAGUGUGAUGGAGAGUGAAGAAGAGUGAUAGAGCAUAAUAGAGUGUGAUAAAGAGUGAUAAAGGGUAAUGGGCGUGAUGAAGCAUAAUAUAGCGAAAUGGAGAAUGAUGGAGCGUAAGAGAGCGUGAUGGAGAGUAAUGGAGAGUGAUGGAGCAUUAUAAAGCAUGAUGGAGAUUAAUGGAGAGUGAUGGAGCGUGAUGGAGCGUAAUAGAGCAUGAUGGAGAGAGGAAGCGUGAUGGAGCGUAAUAUAGCCAAAUGGAGAGUGAUGAAGCAUAAUAUAGUGUAAUGGAGAAUGAUGGAGCGUAAAAGAGCAUGAUGGAGAGUGAUGGAGCGUAAUAGAGCGUAAUGGAGCGUAAUAGAGCGUAAUGGAGCGUAAUAGAGCAUGAUGGAGCAUAAUAGAGCAUGAUGGAGAGUGUGGAGCGUAAUGGAGCAUGAUGGAGCAUAAUGGAGAGUGAUGGAGCUUGAUGGAGCAUGAUGGAGAGUGAUGGAGCGUAAUGGAGCAUGAUGGAGAGUACGCUGCAGUCUUAAAUGUGAAACAUGCUGUAGUUUAACUUAAUUGAUUUUAAAUUCAUGUUACUGAAACAAAAUUUUUUGUUGCAUUUCAUAUUUUUUUUAUAUUUCUUUCAAACCGUCCCAAAAUUCAACACCAUGUUUUGUCCUUUCAACAGCUGAUAUUAUAUGAGAUGUGAAAAACAAAAAUGACACAGAUAGGAUUUUACCACUUCCUGAUUAAUUUGAGGUGUGUGUAACUGUGUGAGUGUAUAUAGAUUAGAUUCAACAUUGUCAUUAUACAGACUUUUGCCACCUUACGAACAAGUUACGUUCCGAACAACUGUUCAUAUGAUAAAUUUUUUGUUUGUAAGUUGUUACUGUGUUUGUUAUUGACUGCACAUAUCUCCUAAUGAUUUAACAGCUAUAAAUACUAUCAAAUACACAAUGAAACAAUAAAAUCUAAAUAAUCGGAAUACUGUAUACAAUAUUUUGUAUUAAGUAAUACAUUUUUGUUUUAAAAUAAUAAAAAAAAUUUACUUAAAGAAAUUAAUUGGCCCGAGUCCAGUGUGCAUCAUGUGGACUGGUUACGGUGGACGACCAGCUCACAGCGGCUUUACUCCCAUUCAAAUUUUUUCAACUCCGAACAAAUUUCACCUUUAGGACAGGUUUAUUCGCAUAUGCGAAAGUUUGUAAAGUGAAUGUUAGUAAAGUGGGGAGCGUCUGUGUGUGUGUGUAUAUAUAUAUAUAUAUAUAUAUAUAUAUAUAUAUAUAUAUAUAUAUAUAUAUAUAAUGUGUGUGUGAGAGAGUGUGUGUGUAUGAGUGUGUUUUUCAGUAAAAGCCCUCUCAGAAGUGGUUUUCAGACUGGGUUUAUUUCAUGUCAAUAAUCAUUUUUACACAAAUUCAGCAAGAAAACUGAUGGAGAGAGAAAUAAACAUGAUAUUUGAUGAUCACGAGCUGGAGAAGUGAUGUUUUACACACACACACACACACACACACACACACACACACACACACACACACACACACACACACACACACACAGAGGAAACUUUUGAUGAUGAAAGAAAGAUGUGAGUUGUGUGGUCAAAACCAACAACAACCAAAAGAAUAGAUAAAGUAGUAAAAUAAAUAAAUAAAUAAAUAAAUAAAUAAAUAAAUGAAUGAAUGAAUGAAUAAAUAAAUAAAUAAAUAAAUAAAUAGCACACAGGAUCAGAGGGAGGAACAUGUCGAAUGGAAUCAGAAUGUGACACACAAACAGACCAGCUGUAGCUGCUAAUAUUGCUAUACAAACUGUGCUAAAUAAGUCCUGUAAGGGCAAAUGUUAAUCACUAAACUAAUUACACUUAUGCUAAUAAAUGUUACAUGCUAACUGUGUGUGUGCUGACUGUCACGGCUCCUGUGCUAAAACAUCUAAAUGCUAAUUUACACAACAAAAUAAUAACCAGUGAUGCUAACACUCUGAUAUUAUUAUAUGACAACAUUUUAGAUGCUAAUAUUAAAACAGAGACUUCAUGUUACAGCAGACGAUAAAAAGCAGGAGAAAAGCCUUUCAUUAAUGUACUUCAGUCUUGGCAAAUACACACACACAGACACACAAACACACACACACACACAUAGACACACAUAUACUCACUAAAACACAUACAUAUACUUACUAAAACACACACACUCAAGCACACACACACACACACUCUCAUAUACACACACACUCGCACAAUCACUCUCACAAAUACACCACACACUCACAUUCACACACACACACACACACACACACACACACACACACAAGUGGACAGAAGUGGGUUGUGUAGCGUUGCAGCUAAUAUUCAGGUUUAGUGAUUAGUGAUUAAUGAUCGAUAUGUACAGCAGCAUAAAACGUGUUUAAUAUAAAUACAUCUUCACACAUGCCAUUUAGGCCACACCCACUCAACAGAAGUAGCCCCUCCCACCCCAGUAUAACUCUAUACUUCAGCCUUAAAGCCUCAGUCUGAUUUGAUAUCUGACUUAUGGAAUGAUUUAAACAACAUUCACAAUCACUGAAACAAACCCACACACACACACACACACACACACACACACACACACACACACAAAACAAUUAUUCUCCUUGUUACUCAGACUGCAUAUCAAUCACAUCCACAAACAGGAAGUAAACAUCAUGAUCUA